AUGGAACACGAUGCACUGUGCUAUCACAGAAAAUCUGUUACCCUCACACCUAUGUGGCUGGAUCUUUGGAAUUGGGCAGAACAAUUUUUCCAAACUUAUUUUGUAACUGUUGCGGAGGACGACGGCGCAUUGUACGCUGAACUCCUUGACCUCCUAGCUCCCACUGCAAUGGCAGUAAUGGACCUCAUCGAGACUCUCUUAUACGCUCCUCAUAUGCGCUCCGAAGUUUAUUUGACAUCAUUUUGCUCUUUCAUGAUGCGAAUUUGGGUUCGCAUAUUUUCCAAUAAUGUCCAGAAUUUUCAUUUCGAGCUCCAGGUUUCCAAGAUGAUGAGCGGGGUGCUAGAAUCUGUGGAGCAGCAGACCAAAAUGUCGUCGACGCUCCACUUGGUUCCUCCUGAUCAUGUCAAAGUGUCAUUGUUCACAGCUGUCAGCCGUGUGCAGGACAUCUCCCACUUUAUAUUAUUUAUGCACGUUACCACUUUCAUCCACUUUGUUGUAUGGACGUCCCAUCAUUUUCGGCGUAUCUUUCUUAAGCAUAGAAGCACGCAUUGGGCGUGCCAUGCUCUAGGUUGUAUCGCCUCCCGGUUUCCAAAAUACUACCCCACCCUUAUGAUGUUUUGCUUGACACGCUAUGCUUUCGCUCUCCAGGAAACCUUUUGGAAUGAAGGAUCUCACGAACAUGUCUCUGAGGCCAUGCACUACAAGGCACUAGAUUAUUUACUUAUAGCGACGUCAUAUCUCCCUUUACCAACUUCCGUGCGAUCCUUUCCCUGGACCUCCUUCGAGAAACGUCUCGUGGACCUUUACAACACCAUUAACUGCUACCUUGUAUAUCGAUCGGUCCUGCAUGAGGCCAUGCAUUCCAUAGUACACAUCCAAAACGCGAAAUGGUUCGUACAAUAUGACGAUGGUAAAGAAGAUCGAAAGGCAUGGAUCGCUUUCUUGACUCUGGAGUGA